CGCGCCGCCCCCUCCCUCCCUACUGCAGUCCGCGCCGCUUCCUCCCUCCCUCCUGCAGUCCGGCCGCCUCCUCGCUCACUCCGGCAAUGUAGAGCUCCGCAAAAUCCGCUGCACAAGCGCCUCAAGAACCCGCACCACCACCACGCCGGCGGCGGUAACAGGCAGGCGCCGCAGUAGCAGAAGACCCCAUCGGCCCCUCCGUCCAAGGCGCCAUCAGUCUAGACCGCGCCGUCCGUGACCGACGAGCCACCGGCACCCGCCGACGAGCCGCGGCGGCAGGACCAACCGGCCGCCAAGGCGCCGUCGUCGGCGGGUGGGCAGCAGGAGUCGCAGCACAAGAUCUGCGUCGAGUUCGGGCGGCCGGAGACCAGCGACCUGACGGUGAUGCUGUACGGGAAGGAGGGGAUCGCCGUCAGGAUGGGCGUGCACAGGGACGUCCUCUGCCAGAGCAGCGCCUUCUUCGCGGCACGCCUCGCCGGCGGCCACGGCCCGCCGGCACCGUGCGUGGAGAUCCACGACUGCGACGACGCGAAGAUCUACGUCGAGACCGUGAGCUGCAUCACGGCGAGGCUGUUCGUCGGCAUUGGGAGAGAGGAGAUGCUUCCAUCCAAGAACACCCGUCUCAGUCUCUUGCAGGAAGCUCGUCGAGGACGGGAUCGGGCAGACGAUCCUGACGCUUCCAUUGGAGGAUCAAAGGUCUAUGCUGCUGUCAUGGUUUGGGAGAUUCUUGAAGUUAGGGGAUAACUGCCCAAAUCUGCAGAGGGCCAUAUGUUAAUGAGGCUGAGGCAGGUAAUGUUUUAUCAUCAGAUAGGAGUUCAUCUUGAAGUUGUAGGGGUGUUAAGUUUAGCUGACCAUUGAAUCUCUUAUCUAGCUUGCGGCGGUUGAGUGCCAAGCCUUAUCUAGCUUGCGACGGUUGCGGCGGCCUGCAGGUGUGCUUGCUUGCUCCGGCAAGGCCUAGCGGGUCAACGCAGGUUGAAAUUUUUUAGCACACGGGCUCCUGCAGAGCAAGACGCAUGUGCGCGCGGCAGUUGCGGCGGCCUGCAGGCCCUCUGCAGACCGGCCCGCUUACAUCCUGAUUCCGCGCCCAGUACCAGCUGACAGGCACCGUUCAAUCUAGGGAGAAUUGUUUUUUUUUUCGAAAAGAUCUAGGGAGAAUUGUGACACCGUGUCAGUUAUGGUUGUGACAUCACGUAGUCCAUGUUAGUAAUGUACUUUUUCAGGAAUUCGUAUUGAUCGUCAUCAACAUCUUUCUCUAGCAGCGUCACUUUUUUUUUUGGUUCACUAAUGCUUUUGCCUACACGUAUUCCCUUCCUUUUUUUCUUCGU